AUGUUAAGAAGAAAAUUAGAAGCUGUUGGAGAUACAGUAGAACGAUUUCAUUUUAUUUUACAUCCAAAAGAUGAACAAAGUUUAACUCGUGAAAAUCAAGAUAAAGGAAAAGAAUUAUAUUCACUUUUAGUUCACCAUGAAAUUAUUCAAGGAGAUACAAUAAGAAAAAGAUUUCGAAAUAAUUCACAAGAACGAGAUAAAAUAGAAAAGAUAAUUCGAAAUGAUCUUGAUCCUUCGAUUGCCGAUCCAUUAAUUAGUUUAUUAAAUAAAGAUAUUCGUUCAUUUAAAAAACGUUUAAAAGCUAAUUUAAAAGAUUUUAUAGAUCUUCAAGAUCUUCAAGAUCAAGAAAAUGUUCCAAAAGAUAAAUCUUGGUGGGAUUGGAAUGGUUUUGCCGUUACAAUGAUAGGACUUGUUCAAGUCAUUGCCGAAGCUGUUUUAGUAGCCUUUGGUUUGACUCAGAUAGGCAAUGCUUUAAUUAGUGAAGGUGUUUCUAAUAUGGCAGAAUUAUCAGGUACUUUUAGUUGGAAAGAAUGGGCAAUACAAAAAGCAAUUAGCUUCGGUCUCUCUAUGUUGACUGCUGGAAUUGGAAAGUUUUUGACGGAUAAAAUUAUGGAACAGAUUCAAGAAAAUGUUAUACAAAAGAUUGUUAGUAGAAUAGAAGAAAAUUUAUUAAAAGGAAUAAUCGAUUUAAUAAGUAAUAAAGUAGCAACUCUUUAUCUUCAAAGAAAAGAUAUUUUAUUACCUCAACAAUUUGAUAAUAUUCGAACACGAGUUGUAUCUUCUUUAAGAAAUAGUUAUCAUCUAUUUGCUGAUGGUCUAAAGAAAUCAAAUUCAAAAUACGUUAAAAUAGCUGCUACUACUCUUAAAGCAAUAGAUAUCAUUAAUAAGUUGUGGACUGUAGUUCAAUCUGUCUUACAGUUCGAACAUGUCUUUAUAAUACUUUAA